AUGACAAGCCUUCAGCUCUCUAGCACUUCCCUUUUGCAGUCUGUUGCACGCUUCCUCACAAAGAAGACCAGUUCAGACGAGGUUUAUUCUGAGCUAGCCAUGCAGCAUUACCGCACGCCGGUUAACAUAGGGACCCUUGAUGACGAUGACGAACAUGUCGGCUCCGGUCUAGUCGGCGCGCCUGCCUGUGGUGAUGUUAUGCGCCUUCAGAUCAAGGUCGGGGACGAUGGUAAGAUUUCGGAAGCCAAGUUCAAGACAUUUGGAUGUGGCGCAGCUAUCGCGUCUUCGAGCUACGCCACCUCUCUUCUCCAAGGCAAGAGUUUGGAAGAGGCCUCUCAGAUCAAGAAUACCGAUAUAAGUGAUAAGCUCGGUCUCCCUCCUGUCAAGCUACACUGCAGCGUUCUGGCGGAGGACGCCAUCAGACAAGCUAUAGACGACUACAAGAGAAAGCGGGGAAGCAAGAUACAGGUAUCAAAGUCUUCUUGA